AUGUCGUAUCCAACGCUGCCGAACCUCCCUCCGGCGACGCCGCAGAAAGCAGUGCCUGGUGCUUACAUGCAGACUCCUGCUGUCGCCCGACAUGACAGCCUCUUCAAGUCCCCGAUGCAGCCGACGUCUCCACGGACACCAAUGACGCCGAUGCCCAAGCUGCCUCCGACAACGACCACAAAGACCUUGAGCGCCGAGGAGCGUGGAGCGCACACCAUCAGCCAGACCCUGGCUAUGGAGGCGCAGUACCCAGAUUUGGAUAGCUAUCUAUCUCAAGGAGUUUCCUCCGAAUAUGACAUCCCCACGGCCCAAUCGUGGGCGCCUUUCCAAAAAGUCAAAAUGUACAAUAUUCCCGACCAGAUCUUCGAUCAGUACAAUCGCGCACAAGUUUCGACGAGCAUGGGUCUUUUCGCCGAGUUGAAUCACGCGUGGGUGGCCAUCGACAACGCGCUGUACCUCUGGGAUUUCACGCACCCUAACCCUCAAUUGGUCGGGUUCGAGGAGCAACCCAACAGCAUCAACGCUGUAAAGCUGGUGAAGCCGCGCGCGGGCGUGUUCUUGCCUGCCAUCACUCAUAUGCUCGUGGUGUCGACCACUGCCGAAGUCAUCUUGCUGGGUAUGAGCUGUGAGACAACUCCAACCGGCUCAAAACAGGUUGCGCUCUAUCAGACCGGAAUGGCGGUGUCAAUCCGUGGACUCGACAUUCACGUCUUUGCUUCCUCAGACACCGGCCGCAUUUUCUUCGGAGGCUCAUCCGACAACGACAUAUACGAACUCACCUAUCAGCAAGAAGAGCGAUGGUUCCAGGGUCGCUGCGGCAAAGUUAAUCACACGAGCUCGCGUCUCUCCGUUUUCAGCCCAUCCAUCAGCUUGACGAAUCUGGCCCAGAGAGCCCUUACCGAAAAUGUGGAACAGAUGGUGGUGGACGACAGUCGGAAACUUCUCUAUACUCUGUCCUCUGCGUCGACUAUUCGGGUGUUCCACUUGAGGGCCGAUGGAUCGCUCAACCUUGUCAUCACCAAAAUCGCUAGGGACAUCUACUCGAAUAUCGGACAUAUCAUUGGAUCUAACGAAACUCUUAACGAGAGGGUACAAAUUGUUUCUAUCAGCCCGGUUCCAGCCGCCGAGGCUUCGCGAUACCAUUUGGUUGCGACGACGGCCACCGGGUACCGUAUUUACCUCAGUGCCACGGGCUCGUACAGCUGGGCGCCCAGUCAGAACGGCACCAACCCUCCCACGAGCAUGCAAGCCCAGCAUAUCAAGACACCUCCUAUCGAUAAUGCCGCCAAUGCGAGCAUGACCCAGCAAUUCCCGAUGGCUGCCAUCAAGUACCCUAUCCACUCUUUGGCGCCUACUCGGAUGGCCUCGCGUUUCCCUCCUGGCUAUUUCUUCUGUUUCACGUGCAAGGAUGCUACCCAAAAGGCAGAUACAUUGUUUGUUUCAUCCCCGGACCCCGGUCUUCUUGCUCGCCCGGCACGAGAGCAAGGAGUCCUGAGCAAAUCUGACGAGUCGGGCAUCUGGCUGAGUCUGGGUGGCCGCGCAGAGGAUAUCGGGCUUUGCUCACCACCUCCGCCAACCACCUCUGCCGGGUUUGGAAAUGAGCUCGCAAUUCAGUUCGAUCACCCUGCUGCGGAAGUGGCUAUUCUCACAAACUCUGGAAUCCAUAUUGUCCGUCGACGACGCCUGGUGGAUAUGUUUGCCGCCCUGGUGCGCAGUGGCGGGACUAGCGAAGAGGGUCUGGAGGGUGAAGUGGUCAACCUGAUCAAAAAGUACGGUCGAAGCGAGGUCCUUGCUACUGCUCUGGCUGUGGCUUGUGGCCAGGGUGUUGAGAUCUCUUCGGAUCAGCGCCUCACCCAGAUUAAUGACCCCGAUGUGCUUGAGUUUGCACGAAAGGUAUUUAUCGAGUAUGGUGGUCGGCCGCAGUCCAAUGAAAAUGCUGUGCCUGACUCGACAUCGGCCAUUGAUGCUUGGAAUCCCUCUCCUCGCCAUCACGGCAUUGCUCUGUAUAUGUCGCGUCUAUUGCGGUCGAUCUGGCAGAAACAAAUCGCCAAAGUGGGCAGUGCCCCGAACGGUGCGAUGACCGUUGCUGCUUCGGUGGCUGCUUCCAAGCUGCAGACCAUCCAGCAUGAUCUCGCAGCUCUGCAAGACUUCUUCAAGACAAACAAGAGCUUUAUUGAAGGCUUGAGCGGACCCGAGGCCCUUGCCCGAGUGACAAACAAGCAAGAGGAAACCGCUCUGCAGGCUGAGCACCGUGCCUUGCACUCUCUCGUGCAGCUUGUGUCACACACGAUUGAGGGAAUUUCCUUCGUCCUGGUCCUCUUCGAUGAGCGAGUGGACGAGAUUGUAACCACGCUCCCCGCAGAGUCGAAGGAGCGUUUCCUCAAGCUGACCUUCGAAGAGCUUUUCAGCAGCAGCAAGGGUCACGAUAUUGCCAAGGAGCUGGUCAAGGGCAUCGUGAACCGCAACAUUGCGAAGGGUUCCAACGUUGAGACAGUGGCCGAUGCACUGCGCCGGCGGUGCGGCAGCUUUUGCAGUGCAGAAGACGUGAUUAUCUUCAAGGCACAGGAACUGCUCAAGCGUGCGACAGAGGCCGGUGCCAAUUCGGAAUUGGGCCGGAACUUGUUGAACGAGAGUUUACAUCUUUUCCAGCAGGUGGCUGACAGCCUCCCGAUGGACUAUUUGGUUUCGGCCGUGGACAACUAUAUUGCCAACCAAUUCUUUGCGGGUGCUAUCCAAUUGGCCCUUAAUGUGGCCGGCCGCUCCGACAAGGCGAAUAUCGCGCUCUCCUGGAUUAUGGAUGGGCGACCCGCACAGGACACCCGCAAGGAAUACUUCUAUUUCCGCAAGCAAUGUUACGACCUUAUCUCCAAGGUUGUACUUGCUGUCGACACCCUGGCCGCAUCUGACCCCGGCUACAUUGACGGCCAAUUAACCAUUAUUGCCAAGCGCCAGAACGAGGCCUACGGUGUUAUCUCUGAUUCCACCGACGAAGUGUUUCUGACUAGCUUGUACGACUGGUACCUGGAGCAGGGCUGGAACGACCGCCUUCUGCAAACACAGUCGCCGUUCGUGGUCACCUACCUCGAGCGCAAGUCUACCGACGACAUUGCGCACGCUGAUCUGCUUUGGCGGUACUACGCUCAGUCUCAGCGGUUCUUUGAAGCCGCCAAGGUUCAGUUCCAGCUUGCGCAGAGUGCUUUCACUCUGCCUCUCAGCCGACGCAUUGAGUAUUUGGGCCGUGCCCGCACUAAUGCUUCAACUUUCACUCCAGACGUGGGCCGCCAGUCGAGACAGCGCCUGCUACAGGAGAUUACCAACUUGAUCGAGGUGGCCAAUAUCCAGGAUGAUCUUCUGCAGCGAUUGAAGGAUGACAGUCGGAUUGCUGCUGAGCGGAAAGUCGAGGUUCUGCGUGAUGUGGAUGGUCCCGUGAUGGACAUUAGCACACUCUUCAACCAAUACGCCGACUCAGCCAGCUACUACGACAUCUGCCUGCAAAUCUUCUUCGCUGCCGACUACCGCAACGCAGCCGACAUCAAAGCUACCUGGGCAAACCUGAUCCAAGACGUGCACGAGAUCACCGAAACGCGCGGCACUCCUCUCCCCCACGAAGCCGUGAUCGAAAAAGUGCGUAGUCUCGGCAGCCGGCUCCGCAUGUCCGAGACGGUCUUCCCCAUCCGCGAACUGGUCCCACUCCUAGAACGCUACUCCCUAGAGCACCAGUACCACCGCCAACUCAACCGAACACACUGGGUCGUCGACCUAUUCCUGGACCUCGGCGUCCCUCACGAAUCUCUAUAUGGCGUCCUUGAAGCCAUGUUCUACACCGACGAAGCCCCCUUCCACGGCUCAAACCGCCGCAUCAUCGCCGCAGACCUAGUCUACCUACUCAACGCAUGGUUCAUGGAAAGCGCGCGGCCCGGCGGUACCGUCUUCGGGUCUGAUGUUAUGGCCGAGCGUGUCUCCGAGACUCUGGUGCUCCUUCAGCAGGGCGGCGGCUCACAAGAUAUCGUGGAGGCGAGUCAGGAAUUGAGACAUCGGAUUGCGGAGCUGGUUGGGUGA